AGAACUCAUAGUUGAUGAAGAAGUGGGAUGCCGAUGUUGUAGCUGUAACUAUUUGGAGAUGGAGAUGCGGUUGGUUGCUUGGCAUUCAAGCCUUGCGGACCCAUGUAGCUCGGAGAUCCACUCGACCCAAAUAAUGUGGCCUGUGCACUUUUAGGGGUUAGGAAUGAAGUUCUUACCACAUUGUUAAAAAGAGAGAGAGAGAGUGAGAUGGAAAAUGGAGGACGCCGCCACGGCGAGGCAGUGCAUCAGGAUAUAGAGAAUGGAGACGCAUCUCCAGUUGUUGGUGCUGAUAUAGCGGCUGUAGAUCUUUCGUCUUCCCUUCGUGCUCCAGUCCAGCAGCAUUCCGCUGGGCGAUACACCCCUCGAUCGUUGCCGUCAAUUCGAACUCGGGAAUCAGAGAGUCAGAAAAAAGUUCAAAAUGACGAUGCCGAUGUUGAAGUCUUCGAUCGGAUUGAAAGAGAAACUUUUAAGCUAGAGCUUUAUCACAGUGACCCCUUCGUUGAUGUCAGAGGGCUCAAAAGUAUGGGAGGGCAGCAGCAUGCAAUGCCCCAUAGUCCCAGGGAUCCGGAGGAUUACUCGAUGGAUGUUGAUGGCCCUAGCGAUAAUCCAGGUUAUGUAUCCUUGUUUAUAGAGACUCAAAUGGGGAAGAUGGGAACCUUCAUGGGUGUUUUUAUACCAUGUUUUCAAAACAUCAUGGGCAUCAUCUUCUAUAUCCGAUUCACAUGGGUUAUUGGAAUAGCUGGCAUUUGGAACAGCCUCUUGCUUGUUUCUUUCUGCUGCUUUUGCACGUUUCUGACUGCUAUUUCCCUCAGCGCUAUUGCUACCAAUGGAGCCAUGAAGGGUGGGGGUCCUUACUACCUGAUAGGACGGGCACUUGGUCCUGAGGUUGGUGUGAGUAUUGGUCUCUGUUUCUUCCUUGGAAACGCUGUGGCUGCCGCAAUGUAUAUUCUGGGAGCUGUGGAGACCUUUCUAGAUGCCAUCCCUGGCGCAGAUCUUUUCAAGCGAACUGUAACUGAUUUGUAUGUCGCGCCCUCGCCAGCGGCAGUGCCUGAAGUACUGUACACUCCUAGUAUACAUGACCUUCAGGUCUAUGGUCUCAUAUUCACAGCUGCACUCUGUGUGAUAGUGUUUGGUGGGGUCAGAAUUAUCAACAGGGUUAGCCCAGCAUUUUUGAUUCCUGUGUUUCUAUCUCUGUUCUGCAUAUUCAUUGGUAUUUUUACAGCAGGUCGGCACAGUGAUUCCACUGGGAUAACGGGACUUAAAUUGAGUACACUACGAGAAAAUUGGAGUUCUCGCUACCAAUUUACGAACGAUGCAGGGAUACCAGCUCCUACUGGUUUCUACUGGGAUUUUGAGAGUUUACUCGGCUUGUUCUUUCCUGCCGUCACCGGAAUCAUGGCGGGAUCUAAUCGAUCUGGUUCACUCAAGGAUACUCAACGUUCUAUACCUAGAGGAACAUUAUCUGCUAUUGCUGCAACUACCACUCUGUAUCUUGUUUCUGUUGUAAUGUUUGGAGCUGUUGCUUCGCGAAAUGAAUUGUUAACUGACAGGUUAUUGACUGCAACAAUUGCAUGGCCAGUUCCAUGGGUUGUCCAAGUUGCAAUUGUUCUUUCUACACUUGGGGCAGCUCUACAGAGUCUGACUGGAGCUCCUCGACUGCUUGCUGCGAUUGCCAAUGAUGACAUCAUCCCUGUGCUGAAGUAUUUCAAAGCGUCUGAUGAUGAGGAGCCUUAUUAUGCAAUGAUAUUCACCAUGUUCAUUUGCGCUGGCUGUGUCGUCCUCGGCAAUUUAGAUCUUAUCAGUCCUGUUACUACCAUGUUUUUCCUGCUUUGCUAUGGGGGAGUUAAUUUGUCGUGUUUCCUCUUGGACUUACUUGAUGCACCUAGUUGGCGACCUAGAUUCAAAUUCCAUCAUUGGAGUCUUUCACUUCUGGGUGCUCUUAUAUGUAUCGUUAUAAUGUUCAUGAUAUCUUGGGUAUUCACAAUAGUCGCUGUAGCACUUGCCGCGCUGCUGUAUUGGUAUGUCAGUAUCAAGGGCAAAGGUGGUGACUGGGGAGACGGCUUCAAAAGUGCCUACUUUCAACUUGCGUUGCGUAGUCUCCGGUCGCUAGGAGCCACACCAGUGCAUCCUAAAAAUUGGUAUCCAAUUCCUCUCAUCUUCUGUAAGCCUUGGGGUAUUCUGCCCAAUGAUGUACCAUGUCACCCCAAGCUGGCUGAUUUCGCUAACUGCAUGAAGAAAAAGGGGCGUGGUAUGUCCAUAUUUGCGUCAAUUCUAGAGGGAGACUACGAGGAGAAAGCGGAGGAAAGUCGAGUGGCUUGCCAACUUCUUUCCACUUACAUCGAUCACAAGAAAUGUGAGGGAGUUGCUGAGGUUAUUGUGGCUCACAACAUUAUUGAGGGGUUCCGCAUUAUUGUUCAAGCCAUGGGGCUUGCAAAUUUGAAGCCCAAUAUUGUGUGUAUGCGCCAUCCUGAGAUAUGGAGGGACCAUAGAAGCAGCAAUAUUCCAGAGAACUUUGUCAACAUUAUUAACGAUUGCUCAUUGUCUAACAAAGCAGUUGUUAUAGUCAAAGGUCUGGAUGAAUGGCCUGGAGAGUUCCAAAAACAUUACGGAACUAUUGACCUUUACUGGAUUGUUCGUGAUGGUGGUCUUAUGCUGCUUCUAUCCCAGUUACUUCGUGCUAAAGAUUGCUUUGAGAGCUGUAAGAUUCAGGUGUUCUGCAUUGCUGAAGAGGAUAGUGAAGCGGAUGAACUGAAAGCAGAUGUGAGAAAGUUUUUGCACGAUUUGCGUAUGCAAGCUGACGUUAUCAUAGUGACAAUGAAGUCUUGGAAAGAUCACCAACAAGAUGCCCAAGUUGCUGAAUCAUCAGGACGGGAUAAUGCCAUGGAAAGCUUCUCUAAGGCUCGCAAGAGGAUAUCUCAGCAUAAUGCUGAAUCCUUAAAGAAGGCUGGAAGCAGCAGCAAUAACCCCUCUCAUCCAGCCAUAGAUACGAUUGAUGAACAGCAGGUGAAUAAAUUUUUGUACACGUGCUUGAAACUGAACUCGAUUAUCAUGCGUUAUUCAGUAUCUGCAGCUGUUGUUCUGGUCAGUCUGCCUCCCCCUCCCCCGUAUCAUCCCCCGUAUUGUUACAUGGAGUACAUUGAUCUUCUUGUUGCGAGCAUCCCCAGACUGCUUAUGGUCCGUGGGUACAGCCGAGAUGUCGUAACUAUCUUCACCUGAAGUUAGCAGUAAACGCCCCAGCUCGCCACUUAGCUAACUUCUCCUUGUGGAUCCACCACUUCGGAUUUGGUGCAAUUGAGGUUAUUAGCUUGGCAAGGUCGACUAGUAUAGAUGGAUCUCACAUUUCGGUUGCAAUCAUUAAAAGACCUUCUCAGAAUUCAAAUUCUAGGCGUACAUGUGGACUGUUCUCGCAUUCACUAGGUGUACUGGCUCGUGUAUAGCCAUCGACCAUUGUGAGGUGCAGUAAUUUAAUUUUUCUCUCCAGUGCUACUGAAAAGAACCACAUGGGAAGUUCAUGACAGAUCUUCCUGUUACAAAGUCGGAGGAUCUCCCACCCUGGUCCUGUUUUAAAUGGUUUACAGAGCGAGCGAGUUUACGAAUCUUUUAGCAUCAAUGUUUUGAUUUGAAAAGCUCCUUCAUGAUUUUGUUCUAACUUGUUAAUCAUUCUAUAGACGCACUAUUUGGACAGGAGCUGGUUAUGUUCAUGAAGUUUUUAAUUGGCAACGUUUUACUAUUUUUUCUAAUAUAUUAUCCUUAGUUUUCACCAGUA